AUGAACUCAGCUCUCUCACACUUCUCCUUCAGUGUGUCCGGUGACCCAGAAGCGAUGGCUCGUGGAAUAUAUGGCGUGGGAGUUGCACUCAGCCCCAGAGCUGAACGCGCUUUGCUGGAUUGGAUCCCAGUGAACAGUCGUCUCUGCGCCGUCCGGCUAUCCAGUUCAAUCAAGCUCAAUGCCUCGCGGAAUAAAAAGCGGUGCCUGUUUGUCGUGUCGGCUUAUGCCCCAACAGACUGCAUUUCUGAUGCGGAAAAGGAUACUUUCUGUCGAGAGCUAUCCGGGCUCAUUCGUCAGGCAAAAAGCACUGACAUUGUGAUACUUGCAGGCGAUUUGAAUGCUCAAGUAGGUCGUCUGAGCUCCUUGGAAUCACAUUUGGGUGGUCGUUUCGGAGUCGAUGCUCGCCGAACAGAAAACGGGGAUCGCCUCCUUCAGCUGUGUGCUGAUCACGAACUGUUUCUGGCAAGUACGAACUUUCAACAUAAACGUUCGCACCGCGUAACCUGGCGGCCGCCAACUACAAAUCAACCGUGGACCCAGUUGGACCACGUGGCCAUCAGUCACCGGUGGAGAGCCACAACCCAAGACUGCCGUUCUUUCUGGGGCACACAACUUGACUCCGAUCACGCCGUGGUGCGCGCACGCUUGACAGUUCGUUUCCCUUCAGGCCAUUGCAAAUCGGCAAGAAGCAUACCAAUCCACUGUCUUCGAAGAACUGCCGCAGCUCAACAGUAUCGAUCUGAGCUAGCCCAACAACUUUCCACAGUAAAACAAUACUGUGGUGGCAGGCCAGCGCAACCCACGGCUAUCCAUCAUAGCAAGUUGGAUAAUCUAACAACCGCCGGGCACCUCUCUUUGGGAAACUUUUACAUUGGCAAUUUCGACCAAGAGGGAUCGUCUCCCAAGUAUAAUGCCAAGUCCUGCUCUUCAGUUUUGUUCACUGACGUUCAUCCAGCCAAUUACUCAUCACUAACCUCAGCUGAUCCUUUGCAGUGUUCACUCACCGUCGAACUCCCGCUAGCCACAGAUAAUCUUUCCGAUACUUCUCGGCUUCCAAGGUCUUCCCAGUGUACACCACCUAUUGUCCUCCACAGAACCGAUUCCGAUCGUUUUCCAAUCCAGCAUGCCGGCGACCAGUAUUCCUCACUCCAAGUGGAGAACCCCGAACAGCUGAACACUUGUCUCUCAGUUUCUCCAGUUCAGGCUGAUAAUGGAGAACGUCCAAUCCAGCCCCGAUACUCCGAUGUUCUCACUAUGGCACAAACCGUUGCUCUCUGCGAUUCCGCACCGAAUGGCGAAUGGGGCUGGCUAGUCAUCCUCGGCAGUUUUAUGUGCAUAUUCAUUGUUGACGGGCUUUGCCACUCGUAUGGGUUGUACAUGUACGAGAUGGUAGCUGAAAGUCAAGUCUUUGUGGAUCCCUCGACUUCAGGCUCCGCGGCCCAACAUCUUUCCCUUGCUAGUCUUAGUUUCCCUGGAGCACUGUUAUCAGGGAUCACGUUGCUCAUUGGUCCAGUUGCUGGCGCGUUGGUCAACCGCUUCGACUAUCGCUCGGUUGCUGUAGUGGGUGCGGUGAUAGCAACCGUUUGCAUUCUUUCAAGCGCAUUGAUCACUUACGAUCUCAAUUGGUUCGCAAUUACCUUCGGACUUUUGGGAGGUCCAGUUGCUGGCGCGUUGGUCAACCGCUUCGACUAUCGCUCGGUUGCUGUAGUGGGUGCGGUGAUAGCAACCGUUUGCAUUCUUUCAAGCGCAUUGAUCACUUACGAUCUCAAUUGGUUCGCAAUUACCUUCGGACUUUUGGGAGGUAUUGGUUGCGGACUUGUCUACCUCCCUGCCAUCACUGUUGUCGGCCACUGGUUCGAUCAGCAUCGAGCUUUUGUCGUUGGUCUCGCCAUGUGUGGCAAUGGGUUCGGGGCGGGUAUUCUUCCAAUUGUUACGCGCUGGCUGUGCGAUUCGAUGACGUGGCGAGGUGCCCUGGUAAUCACAGCAGGACUCUUUUGUCAGGCUUUGGUUGGAAUCGCUCUCUUUCGACCACUGUACACACACGAACUGAUUCGCUUGGCUCAGGCAGAACGUCGUCGUUUUAGGGCGCAUCGUCGGGCACUGAUGCUGUCAAAUGUCCGUUUGACUGUAUCCGAUGUGGAUCACAGAUUUCAUUCACUUGCCAAUCAGCCCUCUUAUACAUCCAUCGAUCUCCUUUGUCCAAGCUGUUUCCGUUAG